AUUUAAAGUUCAGUUUUCGUUGUUUCGGUGACCUGAUGUUACAAUUCGAUCUAAAGAUUGGGCCGCAAGCAGAUGCGUGCCUCAGCGGCAACCUCCCUGUCGAACUGACAUUCAGGGAUAAUGGCCCCAGCGUUGGAUCAUCACGCUCAGUUGCGAAGAAUAUGGUUUCUUCCAAGGCUUCUGCAAAAGCCAAAGGGAAGACGAAGGCUGUGUCGGCGUACAUGCCGUUGUACCAAGACGACGACGAAGUUGACCCUGUGUCUGACUUCGAACCAGUCAAGGACGCUGUGGACAUGAGACCGACAAUUGCAGCCGAGCCGCCGCAAGAUCACAGUCAGAUCGCGCGUCAUUCCAAGAGUGCAUCACAAACUCGGACGAACCAAAAUCACGGGAGAAAGCAGCAAUUUUUGGCAAGUCUUUUUGGAGUGCCUACUCGGAUGCUACAUCAACAACAGCUUCGAGCUCCAAAAUUCAAGCUCGGAUUUCUGAUUUGCGUGAUGCUUUUAGUUUCAAUGGGGCAUCGUAGUCUACUUUUUGCUUGGAUGACUUACCAGUGUUGUACUAAGCAUCACAUGAUUGAUAUCUGUAUUACUGAUUAUGUAAGCCGCAAAUAUUCUCGAUUUCAGGACAUCGACUCCUCAAGUAAAACUCCUGUUACGAGCCCGACCAUCUACCGUCGCCGCUCAAUCUAACUGUCUACUGUAAAAUGGGUGGUCGCGGUGUCCUUCUCACCUCAAAUCUCCCUCAGCUGCAAAACCUCAUCAAACGUGACCCAGCAGCGUACAAGGAGGAGUUCCUUCAGCAGUGGAACCACUAUGACAGCAUCAGACAGAUAUUUCGAAUAAAUCCUGAUGAACAGGCUCAGCAUUUUCGUGAACUUGUCUCGUUCAUAUCUCAAGUCGCACAAUGUUACCCCAAGGAAACUAAAGACUUUCCAUU